CCCAACCUCACAUCCAACAUCCUCUGUACAACGACACCACUCUCUCCAUCACCACCUGCUACACUUCGGCGCGUAGCUGUAACUCUUCCCCUACCCACGGUGAUCGCUUCAUCCAAAAUGCUCGCUGGCCGUGCCUUUGCAGCCCCUGCGCGCCAAUGCCUGCGCCAGGCCAACCGCCCUUCGCGAUGGGCUCCCGCGCUCGUGCACGCGCAAUCGCGAGGCUACGCCGAUAAGGUGGCCGCUUUCAAGGGUACCAAGGGCAACGACGGCAAAUACACGGUUACGUUGAUCGAGGGUGACGGUAUUGGUCCCGAGAUUGCGCAGUCGGUCAAGGACAUUUACUCGGCUGCCAAUGUCCCCAUCAAGUGGGAGUCGGUCGACGUUACGCCGCGCCUCAAGGAUGGCAAGACGGUGAUCCCCGACGAGUCCAUUGCCAGCGUGGAGCGCAACUACGUCGCUCUCAAGGGUCCUCUCGCUACUCCCAUUGGAAAAGGUCACGUCUCGCUCAACUUGACCCUCCGCCGAACCUUCAACCUCUUCGCCAACGUUCGACCCUGCCGCUCCAUUCAAGGCUACAAGACCCCCUACGAUGAUGUGGACACUGUUCUCAUCCGUGAGAACACCGAGGGUGAAUACUCUGGAAUUGAGCACGUUGUUGUCGACGGUGUAGUGCAGAGCAUCAAGCUCAUCACCCGUGAGGCCUCGGAGCGUGUCCUUCGUUACGCCUUCCAGCACGCCCGCCAGAUCGGCAGGAAGAAGGUCCGCGCCGUACACAAGGCCACCAUCAUGAAGAUGUCUGAUGGUCUUUUCUUGAGCACUGCCCGUGACGUUUCCAAGGACUUCCCCGACAUUGAAUUUGAUGCCGAGCUUCUCGACAACACUUGCUUGAAGAUGGUCACCGACCCCGUCCCUUACAACGACAAGGUCUUGGUCAUGCCCAACUUGUACGGAGACAUUCUGUCCGAUAUGUGCGCCGGUCUUAUUGGUGGUCUUGGUUUGACUCCUUCCGGCAAUAUUGGUGACGAGUGCUCCAUCUUCGAGGCUGUCCACGGAUCUGCUCCCGAUAUCGCUGGCAAGCAGCUUGCUAACCCCACCGCCCUACUCCUUUCUUCCAUCAUGAUGUUGAGGCACAUGGGUCUCAGCGAGAACGCAAACAACAUUGAGCAGGCCAUCUUCAAGGUCCUUGCUGAGGGCAAGACUAUCACCGGCGAUCUCGGAGGCAAGGCCAAGACCUUUGAAUACGCUGACGCGGUCAUCAAGGCAUUGAACUAG